UGUCUCUCAGGUUAGGACAAGAAGCCACAGCAUAAGGCACUUGAGCCCUCCCUCUGGCCACCGUCCUCCUCUACCGGCAACGAAUUUGCGAAAAGAUACCGUUUUGCGCCCAUGUCGCUACUCAUUAUGACAUCUAACACACCCAUACAGUCAAAGGGACUGACUCCAUCAUGGGCGAUCGAUUACUACCGAAGACGCAAGUCGUCAACGAAACAUCAAUCUUCAUCAACUUUGCAGCUACCACCAUCAGAACGACCAAGGUCGCAUUCAACACCUGGAGACCUUCUUAGUCCAAGAUCAACAUCCACGUCAAGAUCCAGCGAGAGCGGGGAAUCGCGCUCAGUACGGUCAACAAUAUCGCUCAGAAGCCUAGUAGGCAAACUCAGGUCUCCAUCAAGUACCACUUUAGUAGACUUGCAAUCGGAGAGCAAGUCACCAGAGACCAAAUUACCAGAAUUCACGCCAUCGGAGUUUGAGCAAAUUGAACAUUGGUUUGCCGGCUUUGCCUACUACAAUCAGCUUGUCACGCUCAGGGUGUCCAAAAACCAGACAGGCGACCCUGAUGUGGCCUUCUCUAACUUCACCAAGAUCAUUAGCAAGAAAAUCGGGGGUCAGUUUAUCCACGCUCUCCCAGAAGCAGUCUUCGACUUGUCGUUGUUGUGGUGUCCAGCCGGUCCUUUGAAGCGGAAGGAUUCGACGGAGCCAUCCUGGAGUUGGACGGGCUGGGAUGGACCAGUCAACUUCCCUUUCGACCCAACAAACAGCCCAGACCUUCUCAGCAUGCCUAGGGAUGAAGGGGAAUGGUUUCGGUCCGAAAUCCUCCAAUAUCACAUUGGGUCAGAAUCAGCACCCUAUACAAUACGGAGAGAGAAGCAGGAACGCAAGCUGCGAAUCCAUUAUCCCCCAUACUUUCACGCUCCACGAGGAUAUGACGCUAACGCCGACUCUGAUACCCUACGAUUCUCAGCAUACACUAUCUCUGCCGAUGGGUUUACUUCUGAACAGCUUGACCACCAUGGAAAGGCAAUUCCAUGCUCCCACCUUAUUAAUGAUGACGAUCAGCAAUGCGGUGUCAUAAUGGACUUCGACGAAUCAAUCUCCACCCCUUCGAGCACAGGUCCAUUCGAAUUUGUCCUCGUCUCUCGUAGCCUGCUUCGGGAACCUGCCUCUAAAACCCGAACACCAGCUCUUCCUACCAUCCAUCCACCGGGAACCCCAAUCUGGGCCAACGACCGCUUUGUCUGGGACGAAGAAAUCGUGGAUUUUGACAACGAAGUUUUCCCAUCUGGACCUUGGGUACUGCUUAACGUUAUUCUGAUUAAAUGGGUUGGCAACUAUGCGGAGCGUGUUGCAGUUGCCCGGAUUCACGAGAAUGCGUGGAAGCAGUGUAAACCAGUUAAGAGAGAUAUCGUCCUGAGAUGAGUGAUUCAAGCUCUCUGGCAAUUUCAUAUUAUCCGCCCCUGCGUCAACAACGCAGACGACAGGAUAUGGCCACAUGGCGGCAAUGAAGAAGAAUGCAGGCAUACUCUGGGUACAAAGGGUGAGGAAAUAUUCGAUCCUGAUACUCAAUGCGUUAUUGCCCACCGUUGGCUUGCGAUGUGCACUGUCCGAGCACAAGAACUGAAUCUCUCCACGAUCUUGAGAGAAAGUACAUUGAAAGACUUGGAAUUGGAACCAUAGGAUGCUUGAUCCUUAGAUAUGCUAAAAUUAGUUGGAACUGCAUGCUGCAUGGAAUUAGAAGGAUGGUAACGGCUGAGAAUGGCAUAUUCGAGGCUGCGAGAGGGGGACUUUUCCCUGCCUCUAUUAGGAUUUCUUCAACUGUAUUAUUAGUCUUGUGUUAC